AGGACCGGCAGAGAGCGAGGAGGCUACUCAUGCAAGGUGUUGUUGUUGUGCCAGUGAGGAGCCAAUGACUUCGUGUUGACAGCAGAAGUGUUCAGGAUAAAGCAGGUCUUUUCAGCAAUCCUGCCGUUUGGCCUCACCGAGCAAAGGAGGACGCGGAUCAUCGAGGAAGAUGUUCUUUGUGGCGGGGACCAAAAGUAGACCAGGCUCGGGAGGAGGGAGCGAAAGGAGGUCAAUCUACCAGAAAUUCCGUGAGGUAGAUUUAUUGGACAAAAAGAAGACAGUGACGGCUCUGAAGCCCGGCGAAGACCGAGCCAUUCUCCUGGGGCUCGGGAUGAUCCUCUCUUCAGUCAUGAUGUACUUUGUCCUGGGCAUCACUAUCUUACGCUCCUAUGCAGACAGUGUGUGGACAGAGGAGGGUGUGUGUGUUGUACUCAACUCCACGGUCACAGCAGACAUGAACUGUUCCUACAACUGUGGGUCAGACUGCUGGAGAGUCUCCAAAUACCCGUGUCUGCAGGUCUACGUGAGCGUCAAUAACACGGGCCGCGUCAGCCGCUUAUCUCACAAUGAAGAGACCCAGGACACCAGCUCUGAAUGUUUCUAUGUGCCCCGGUGCCAGAAGGACAGCCUUGCCAUGCAUGUCAUGAUCAUGAACAUCUCUGAGCGUCUGAAGGCCAACCAGCAGGUCCCUUGUUACUAUGACCCCAGCGAGCAGCAGGAGGCGGUGCUGCUGACCCGCCUGUACGACCACAGCAUCGUCGUCCACUCGCUGCUGUGGCCCUCCUGCAUGCUCCUAGGAGGGGCCCUCAUCAUCGUCAUGGUGAAGCUCACGCAGUACCUCUCCAGGCUCAGCGAGGAAAUAGGGAAGAUCAAGAGGUGAAAUACGCGGAGCAGCUGUGAGAGCCGGGCGGCGCGUUGGGGGGCUUGGCGAUGGACGCGCGACAUGAAAGGGAUUGUUUGAGCCAAAAGUGACCUUGCAGUGACCUCUUGCAAACUUUCCUCUUCGGCUGAGACACGCGGAACAGCUGACUAUCACUCUGGAUCGAGGCUGGGGUGACUGGCGGAAAAUAUUGGACAAGUAGCUGGCUGUAAAUACCUGGAGGAGGACUAUGCCUGGAUUUUGCAUGGUGUUGAAGCCUUGUAAAACGUUUCAUGGGUACCUGUUUACAAGAGUUUGUGACACUUGUACGCCUAAAUAUUGUUUAUAAUGAGCACGUGUUUGCUACGUCACCUACACAUGACAGAAACCAACCUAUAUUUAAAUCUUCAAUGCUGUCCGUCCAGAAAUAUCGUCUGUGUUGUUGAGGAGGGCUACAGCUUUCCCUUUAUUUUGAGAAUCAUAUUUUCUGAAGCCACAUGUUCUUAUUUGAUAUCCACUAUCUCAGCGACCAAAUAAUACGUGCAAGUCUCUCAUGAUGUCCUGCACAACCUGACGUGAUUCUUUGCAUGUCAAGAUGAUGAUGAA